UGCGAAAGACCCGCGUUGUACUAAGUUUUAUUCCCCACUUUUUUUAAUAAAAAAUACGCAGCUCUCCUACGUAUUCAAAAAAAAAAACAUCCACCGGAGAGCUGGAUUUUUUUUCUCGUUAUAAUCUUUUUUCCGUAAAUCAAAAUCUUUCACUUUUCUUAGUUACUGUUUUACAAAUUAAAUUUGCAGGGAAAAGAAGGAAAGAAAUUUGCGAUGAAUAAGCUGAAGUUGGCAAGACUUCAAGUCGAAUAUACCCGGACUCGUGUUCCUAUCGUGCACGAACCAAACCGUGGGCGCCUGCAGGCUACAAGUAAGCGACGUCGUGGUCACGAACCCACCACAGCGACCAACAAUAUCUCGGCAAACACGCGAUCCAUCGAAUCCUACCUCGAUCAAGCCUCGCCGACUUCGCCGCCGCACCCCGCACCCAUGGCGGCGACGACACCCUCCGAGCUGGAGCACAAGGCGAAGGAGGCCUUCUUCGACGACGACUUCGCCCUCGCCGCCGCGCUCUACACGCAGGCCAUCGCUGCGGGGGCCCCCGCCGCCGCGCUCUACGCCGAUCGCGCCCAGGCCUACAUCAAGAUGGGAGAUUUCGCCGCGGCCGCCGCGGACGCCGCCCGCGCCGCCGAGCUCGACCCCGCCAUGCCCCGGGCGCACCUCCGCAGGGCCCACGCCUGCGUCAAGCUGGAGCAGUACGACGCCGCCCGGGCCGCCGUCGAGGCCGGCGCCGCCCUGGCCCCCAACGACGCGCGGUUCGCCCAGCUGAUGAAGGAGAUCGACUCCAAGGCGCCGAAGCCGAUGGAGACCGAUGCGAGCCCCGCUGCCGCCGCCACGCCCGUGCCCGCCACCGCUCCUGCUGAAAAGCCCAAGUACAGGCACGACUACUACAACAGCGCGGCGGAGGUUGUGGUGACCGUUUUCGCCAAGGGCGUGGCCCCCGAGCACGUCGCGGUGGAGUUCGGCGAGCAGCUGCUGAGCGUCUCCGUCGAGGUCCCCGGCGAGGUGCCGUACCACCUGCAGCCCCGCCUGUUCGGCAAGAUCAUCCCCGACAAGUGCCGGUUCACCGUCCUCUCCACCAAGAUCGAGGUCCGGCUCGCUAAGGCGGAGCCGGGGACGACGUGGACGUCGCUGGAGUUCACCGACAAGCCCAGGUUCAUCGCCGCGGCGCCGCCGAGCGGGAGCAGCCCCGCCGCCGCCGGCGGCGCCCGGAGGCCGUCGUACCCGUCGUCCAAGGGCAGGAAGGACUGGGACAAGAUCGAGGCCGAGGUAAAGAAGGCGGAGAAGGACGAGAAGCUGGACGGCGACGCGGCGGCCAACAGGUUCUUCCAGGACAUCUUCAGCAACGCGGACGAGGACAUGCGGCGGGCCAUGACCAAGUCGUUCCAAGAGUCCAAUGGCACGGUGCUGUCCACCAACUGGAAGGACGUCGGCUCCAAGAAGAUCGAGCCCAGCCCGCCGGAAGGCAUGGAUCUGCGCAAGUGGGAGUACUGAGAAGAUGAUUGACCAUGCAAGCAUUCGAAUUACUCUAGCACAUAUAUCGUAUCAUUUGUUAGGAUUCGCGUCGUGGAACUCUAAUUCCUCCCUUCGUACUACAUACCAGUAGCAGCUCCAUUUAUCGGGAGGAGCAUUGCAUGGUAGUUAGACUCUCAGUUCUAUGUUAUGAUUUUGAACUCUAUGAUGCAAAUCGAUCGUACUAAUUCCA